CCGCGGUGGAUUACAGUUCGCCGCCGGGGUAGGUCAAAUCGCUGCCGAUAUUACACAGAUCCCCGGUGUAGGCAGCGCUCUGGACGGGCUUCAGCAGAUCGUCGCUCGCUGCGAGCACGUCGCGGGGAACAAGAAAGAUGCAUCAAGCCUUGCCCAUACUUGUCGACAAUACCAGAAUAUGCUGCGGGAGCAUGAACACAACAUGAAUGACGAUGUUCGUCUUGCAAUGGACGAAUUGCUACCGGCGCUGGACAGAAUCAAUAAAAAGAUGGAGGAAUUUGCGGCAUUGCCAAGUUACAAGCGCUACUUGAAAUACAAUGAAAUCACGAACACCCUCAAGAAAUACAAGCAGGAUCUCGACGUUGGGAUGCAGACCUUCUCAGCCAAGACCCAAUUGGUUAUGCACCGACAAAUUAUGGACGUUAGGAUGACGCAAGACAUGUAUCAUGCGGAAAACAGGGAAUUAUUACUCCAAGCUUUUUCUCGCCCGCAAAGCUUCGCAGAUUUGUCUAAUCCUGAUGCGCAACGGUUAAUGGAAGAUGGCCAAAGGUUUCUGGAAGAAAUGCGUUCUCGUGGCAUCAACCCACCGAUCAUUAUCUCCCCAAGUUCUCAAGAGCUCGCGCCAAUUUCUGGAACUCCUCCGCAUCGAGGACUAACGCACUCUCCAGAGGGACAAUCGCCUUUCUCUCCAUCUCCGAACCCUGCGAAUGAAGUUCAUGCACCACAACCUCGUUCCAUGCCCCUUCAAAUGGGCUUCGGCCACCGAACAGCCAGCUCUCAUUCGGUAGUUCCCAUGCCACAACAUGACAUUGUCAUGUCGUCUCCAGCAGGGUACAUACACAACUCCUCGCAGACUCCGUCUCAGGAGCAAUUUCCGUCGAUGUAUCCUGGUGGACCUGGAAUGCACACCGCUUACCAGCAGCAACCGCAAUACGUGAACCCCGCAUACCAGGGCGCAGCCGCUCAAUACUACAAUGCAUCUCUAUCUCCUCAGUCUUCCUAUUUCCCUCGUACACCUUCGCCCAACAUGACCGUUAGAUCUUCACCCAACUCUGAGCCGACAAUGUCAUCGCCACCUCCAAGAGACGGCACCUUUACACCAAUGAGUGACCCUGCGACAUAUCUUAGAGUUCAGCGCGGCCUUCUCGAUCUGCAUCGCAUCAAGGGCAUACCUCCUUCGGUGAAGAUCCUCAACGGUGAGGUCACACGGGAAGGGCAGUUCCCAGUAGCCGGAGGAGCGUACAGCGACGUUUGGAUAGGACGAUGGUUCAGCGAGGAAAAAGUUGCAUUGAAAGCUCUCCGUAUGGUCAGGGCAGACGAUAAAGCGAAGAGGCGCUUUCAGAGAGAGAUCGAGGUGUGGUCCCGUCUCAAACAUCGGAACAUCCAGCCAUUCUAUGGGCUCGUGACCGAGCUUGGACAACAUAUUCACAUUGUGUCAGCCUGGGCAGAGAAUGGGAACGUUUUACAGUAUCUUGCCAAGGCGCCCGAUACGAAUAGGUUGAAGCUGAUGAUGGGGGCAGCGAGAGGGCUCGAGUACCUCCACUAUUCUAAUGUUGUGCACGGCAAUAUGAAAUGCUCAAACAUCCUCGUUUCCGACAAAGGGGAAGCUUGUGUGUGCGACUUCGGCAUGUCGAAGAUCAUCGAAGAAGUCACCGAAACCAUCGCUUCGGCCACGCUGACCACCAGCGGUUCAGCACGAUGGUUGGCUCCAGAGCUCAUCGAAGGCACGGCACCAUCACCGACGUAUCAAAGCGACAUUUACUCUUUUGGGAUGACAAUGCUAGAAUGUGUUACCCUCAAGCAUCCGUACUCGCAUUGCAAACGUGAUGCCAUGGUCAUCUAUGAGAUCGUCACGGCGAAGCGGUCACCGCCGCGGCCCGAAGGUGCCGAAUUCGACCACAUCCUUACAGACGAGUGGUGGGCGGUGAUGGAAAGCUGCUGGACCGACGCACAGCACCGGCCCACCAUGGCUCACAUCGCCAAUUCCCUGUCGAACCUCCCCUCUUUCUUGCAAUAAUCGAUCUCUUCACACCUGCUACAUUUUUUUCCCAAGUCCAGCUUGUUGUUUUUGCUGUCUAACACUCAUCUAGUCACCUUCUAUAUCCUGU